ACAAAGUUCAGUAGUUACUUAUUAGAUAAUGGUAAUGAACGUAAAACUUUCAUUUGUAGACUUUCAAAACCUAAAGAAUCAAGUGGAAGAAAAGAAAAUAUUCUAUCUGAAAAGCUUCGUGUAAUCUGGAAAAGACUCUCUAAUAAUUGUGAAGCUAGAAUUAGAAUAACGUGGUUAGUGGCAUCGAAUAUGGUUAGAAUUGAGAGGGCAAUUAAGGAUUACAAACCCCCGAUGAUUGCAAAUGUUAUUAGGAAAGAAGUUUCUAAAUUGUAUGAAGACUCAGGCGUGGAAUAUUUAAAAACUAAGGAGGUGGUUAAUAUCAAGCAGAAGCUUGUUGGUCUUAUGAAUUCGCAUCUUAUUGAAGAUGUGGAUUUAAAAUCUGAUAUUUUAAGUGCAACUGAAUUUUUACUAAAAAAUAAUUUUCAA